AUGUCCCCAAACUCCUCUUUCUCCGGCGUGUCCAUCUGGGAACAGGCCUAUCACGACGCAUGGCGACACUUCCAAGCCUCCAUAAUGGAGGUCGUUGACCGGCUAAGCUGGCAAGAUCCGUCUUCCGAAGAUCGCCAAACCACAAUCGAGAAGCUAGGCCGACUUCCAAUUGAGGUGGACAAUAUCCGAAGCACGGGACAGGCCAUGUUUGAGCAUGUCCCAGGCUGCCAGACAGUGCGAAACGAGUCUCUUACGCACUUCGUCGAUGAAUUCAUACGGGACUGUCAUGGGCUCCAUUUCAAGCUGAAUAUGCUCGUGUGGAGACUUAUGAAUCGCCCGAAUAGUGACAGGACAGUUUACAAUCGUCUUCUCAGGCUACUUGAUUACAUCGAGGAUCGGGUUCCAGAGUGA